AUGAAAUCCGCCGUCCGCCAAACAGGAGCCGACGGUGUCAGGAAGCAGCCUGUCAAGCUGUGCGCUCUUAAUACGUCAACGACUGCGCCAGCAGAGCUAUUCACAACUGUUCCAACUACUGGCCAGGGUUCGAGGUGGGAUGUUUUGGUCGAUACUUCCGGGCUUACACCAUUCUGCUCGUUUGUACGUAACACCACCCUCCUCGCUGCUGAAUCCUUCGUUUCGUCUGAAGAUACCGUCGAGCGGCUGUCGUCGUCGAUUGUUUGA